UAUAUAAAGGAGAACUGCAUGAACAUACUUAUGCUCAACUGUGGACGCAAAGCGAGCGGACCUGUGACGCAAAGGCGCUCUUUUGGACUUCUGUUUCCUCAAGUGAAUUGCUUUAUCAGAAAAGAUUGGAAUAUUUAUUUAUUUAUUUAUUAGUAUUUAUUUAGAAAAUAAACAAUAAGAAGACGUAUAGAACAUACACAUUUUGAGUGUUUAAAUUGAUAUAAUUAUUUUUAAACUGACAUAUUUUUUUACAUUACGCAAAUUCUGUGUCUGUAAGUAUAAAACAUGUGUCUUGGACUUUCAAGAAGCACCCUAGUGAUGAUUUUAUGAUUUUUCCUGAUCUUUUUUAUACCAAUGCCCAACCCUAACCGCUGUUAUGGAAUCGUUUGGGUCUUUUGUCACCGAGUCCACCGACAUCAUCACACCGGACGAUCCGUUCUCGGGUCCCCUCAAGUCUGUUGCGCCCUGGAAUUACACUUUCCUCGCAUGUCUGAUGUUCAUAGUGACUUCACUGUCUUUAGCAGAGAACUUCACCGUUAUGCUUGUGACGUUUAGAUUCAAACAUUUAAGGAAACCGCUGAAUUACAUCAUUGUUAAUUUAUCUGUUGCUGAUUUUCUAGUUUCACUGACAGGAGGCACUAUAAGUUUUCUAACUAAUGCACGAGGCUACUUCUUCCUGGGCGUCUGGGCGUGUGUGCUGGAAGGAUUCGCUGUCACUUUUUUCGGGAUUGUGGCUUUGUGGUCUUUGGCAAUCUUGGCAUUUGAGCGAUAUUUUGUGAUCUGUCGUCCUCUGAAAAAUGUCCGGCUGGGGGGCAAGCACGCAGCAAUGGGCCUUGUUUUUGUCUGGAGCUUCUCGUUCAUCUGGACAAUCCCACCAGUUCUUGGCUGGAACAGUUAUACGGUCAGCAAAAUUGGCACCACCUGUGAACCCAACUGGUACUCGACUGAUUUCUCAGACCACACCUACAUCAUCACCUUUUUCAUUACAUGUUUUAUCCUUCCUCUCGGUGUGAUCAUUAUCUCCUAUGGUAAACUUAUGCAGAAGCUUAGAAAGGUAUCGAACACUCAUGGAAGGCUGGGCAGUGCACGUAAGCCUGACAGAGAGGUGGCGAGGAUGGUCAUUGUAAUGAUAGUUGCAUUCAUGGUUGGAUGGACACCGUACGCAGCAUUCUCAAUUACUGUCAUUGCCUGUCCCACAAUUCAUAUUGAUCCUCGCCUGGGCUCAAUACCGGCCUUCUUCUCAAAGACUGCAGCUGUAUACAAUCCCAUCAUUUAUGUCUUCAUGAAUAAGCAGUUCAGGAAGUGUCUGAUCCAGAUGUUUAAAGGAAAUGUCACCAAUUUGGACUCCACCAAUCUGAACCAGACAUCAGACAAAGGAGCCAUCACUGCCACAGCAGAGAGUCACCUUGAAGAGAUGUCCACCAUUGCUGCUCGCGUGCCCAUGUCCAUGUGCAACACGGAGAAGAGUGAGGAUGAAGAGGAAGAGUCGGAGCAAAGUGGUCCAAAGCAGCUCUCUUUAUCAGAUAGUCGAGUGUGUCCUUUGGGAAAAGGGGUAAUCUGACUAAAUGUAUACCUUUAGUCUAACCUGUUGUCUUACUAAAGCAUAAAUCCUGCAGUCGUUACCACUGUUGGAAUGCAUAUGUUAAAAUCUGUUGUUUGCUUUUUCAUAUGUUCUUUGUUGUUCGCAUUUCUUUAUGUUGUGGCGAUUUGCGGUCUCAAUGGAUCUGUGUACAUGUCAGUAUUGCAUUAUUACCUUACAUAAACAUGAAGGAGGCAGGCAAUACAUUUCCAUACUGUCCUGAACGAAUAAUAUUUGUUUUUCAGACCUAUCUCUUCUUACUCUAUUGCUGAUUACACAUUAGUUCCAGUGCAGAUGUUUUUUUUUUCUUAAAUCAAAUCACAGGCACUUUUAUGAGACAAGCACCGAAAAAAAAGAAUAAUAAUACAAAUAGUCAAACAGCAGAAAUAAAAUCAGCUGCUUUUGAAAAUGUAAAUAAUCACCAGUCUACAGCUUGGGACACUUGCCCCACCCCUAGCUUCUUCUGAUUGGUCUGCUGUUUUGAAAUCAACUUUAAUGAGCUGCUCUUUGUCUCAAAAUCUAAACCUGACCUAAGACAGUCAUUCUAGUGCAUGUUUACAUAUCUCAGAAUCUAACACCAUACCAAUUCAUUUAGGCCUAGUGAACUAAUGGGUCAGACUGCUUUGGCAGUGUUAUCUGCUUUGCAAUAAAGUAAUAAAGUUUAUUAAAUAAACCAUCCAAUUAAUGUCCCCUAUCUCAUGGAAAUAAGAUCUUCUGACAAUUCAGUUUAUUGUUUAUUGUUGAUUUUUCAGUCUUUUGUUUUGAGAGGUUUAUUAAAGAAGAGUGAUCAAAUUGUAUUUAUUUAACAGUUUAUAUAAACUUUGGUAUAUGAGUGCUUGUGAUUUUUAAUGAACUGUCUGAAAGUCUUAUUAGCCCAUAAUGUUUGGUGUUUGCCAACAAUUUCUGUCCGAACUGAGUAUUGAUAUCGAUGUUUGUCUGUGGCAUGCCAUGUAAUGUUUUACGUAUGUAUUUAUUUAUCAAUGUCUUGGAGUCAUUUAGAUUUGGUGUCAUAUUUCAAUAAAUAUGAUUUUUUUAAAUGUAUUUCUAAAACAUAUAAAUGUUGUAGAACACUAAUAAAACAACUUGCAAUAAC